AGAUGGGUCUCGCACGCGACCGUUGGGUCUGGACUGGGCGCCGUCGACGCCUCGGGGAUCUUGUCGAUACACAUUCCCCGUAUGAAGAUUACCUCACCCUUUCAUUCUCGGGCCAUUCUUCUUGGAAUCUCCCUGGCACUGCCCGCCACAAUGUGUAUUCUCCCAUACUUGGACCUCUCUUUCUUCGCUUUCACCCUUCUCUCUCCUCUUUUACCCCCCCACCAUGACGCUGAGGACCGACGCCUCCGGUUCGGAGCGAAAGCCCGACUCUGGUCUCAAACCCGGAUGGGAAAUCUAAAAUUCAGAGUUGACCGAUGAACCUUGGUCUUGGGACCUUGCUACUUAGCAUACUAGCAUUUUAGGGGAUCCGUAAGGUAUCCGGCGACCCGGGAAUUUUCCAGACUGAACUUAUCCGAUGAACGCGAGGGCUGA